GACCCCACCCCAGCUAUCCCGCUGUGCCCGCCAGGAACCUCCCAUUGUACUGCAGGCAGCGGGGAUUCAUCGGGCGAAAUCCUGUGCCCGGGGUCGUCGCGAAAUCCAGCGCGCCUGCAUCUUCUGGAUCCGAGUCAGAGCAGGUCAAGGUGGGCCGCCAACUGGGGCGAGCGGAGCGAUUGGUUGCUGGGGCGAGUGCACCUGCACCAAAAUGCAGGGAACGAACGGAAACUGCGAUCAGGAGGAAAACCAGAACCAGGAGGAGGAGGAGGAGGAGGAGGAGGAGGAGGAGGAGGAGGAGGAGGAGGAGGAGGAGGAGGAGGAGGAGGAGGAGGAGGAGGAGGAGGAGGAGGAGGAGGAGGGGGAGGAGGAGGAGGAGGAGUGAGUGUUGGAUGUAGGUGGAGGAAGGGAGGUUAGGCACGGGGGUUAGGGGAGAGGCAUCGGCAUGGGGCCGCACGAGGGCCAGGGGGGUCCAGGGACAAGGGGAGGGGGAGGGGGCCCUGCCGGGGGAGUGGAGUAUUAGGCCUGUGCUGCUGGUGGCACGUGUGUUGAUGUGUGAAGUGCCCGUGUGCUGCGUGCCAUGUGCUCUGGUCUGGGGAUACCUGGAGUUCUGGUUAACGGCCCUUCACCCCCACACGUGGCCUUUGCAUUUCUUGUAGCCGUGUCUAGUCCAUACUGAUUAGUGCAUUAGGCUUUCCGAUGCGGAAGGCGAUGGCGGGGGCAUGGGUUCCCUCUUGGGUUCCCUGCAUGCAUCAUGCUUUGCGGAAUGGCCCGACGCGCCGUGAGCAUACGCCUGAGCAUGCUGUCCUUUAUACUAAUCAGCACUUGCAGUUUACCUGUCCUCAGCCUUAAUAACUUUCCCGGCGUUUGUUUGAGGGAAGAUGCGGGAAGAUGCACCUGGUUGAGGCACCUGGUUGAGGCGUCAGGAUGGGGGGGCCUGAGGAGACCUGUUAAGGAGACCACGAGAAAGACAAAUAAGAUGGCGCUCCAUGUGUCGGGGACUGCUGCUGGCGUGCACCCGUGUGGACGUGCGUGCCCAGCCAGCCUUCAAACUCUUUCCAGGCCAUAGCAUCUUAAACAUACAUGUAAUACCUGAAGUGGGAUUGCACUAUUGGGGCCAGGCACGACAGGCGCGGAUAGAGCCCGGUAGCCCAGGUGCAGGCUCAAGGGUGCGAUGGGACAGAUUGGUGCGUUACGUGAAUCCAGAUUGUCUGGACGAGCUGGCGGGCGCCGUACUGGCAGUUGACCGGGCGCUGCCGGGUUGCGUUGUCAUACCAUCCACGGUGUGUAUACCGCGAGCCGCCAUGGACGGGCAAAUGGAUGAGGACCAGCAGGAGGCGGGCAGGAGGCGGGGCAGGGUCACGAACACGAGGCGGGGCAGGGGCUGCAGGGUAUUACAGGCAAGGGAACCUGGACGUUGCAGCCGGUGACGGAGCGGGGAGGGGCGGGGGAGGGGUAACAGGGCGGCGGCGGCGGUAAUGUGCGUGGUGGCGGCGGUCACGAGCGAUGGGGCGGCGGCGGCGGUGAUGGCAGGUCGCUAGAUAGCUCGUGCUUGGUGGGGCUGCUGUUAAGUGUGGGCAGCAGCACGCAGGUGACGUAUUGAUGCGAUGUCCAUGAGUGGCGUUAGGCUUUGCCGCUGCAGGGGGUCAAGUGGCGAGCUGUGGGCGUGUACGUGGCUUAAGAGAGAGUAGUGAGAGACGAGUCAGUGUGGGUGGCUAUGUGAUGCGACACUACGGCGCCUGCUGAGAAGGCAGGGGUGGCCGGGUGAAUACCGUGUGUGUUGGGUACGUAGCCCCCUGACCAGCCUCUACCGGAAAAACCAGUUUUCUGCACAUCACAGGGGUUAGAUAGAGUGCCCUCCAAGGCUUUC